UCGACCUCCAUGUCAAUUUCUUCAAAAAGGACAAGGUCAUCAAGCAGCCCUACCACUUACUCAUUCAAGAAACACCGGCCAUCUUCUGACAGUAUUGACGAAGUUAUUGACCUGACGGACCGCUCAUUUUCGGAACUCGCCAAUUCGGUGGUUGAGGACACCGUGUUUGAAGAAGACCUUGAACUCAACGAGACAGCUCUUGAUGCGAAUGAGCUGCCCGUCCGACGUCUGGAUGCGUUUUCCAUCUAUGACCGCCGCUCGCAAGAGCUGGCCAAUGCGAUGGAGGUCCUUCUACCCAAAACCGGUCGCUUUGUGGCUAGUGGUCUAGUCAGCGUUCACUACGACGAAGAGGACUCGGACGACGAAGACGAAGGAGACCCUGAUGAUAGUCCAUUCGUAGAGACCCUCGAAAUUGAAGGUUUCGACAUUCACCAUUGUUAUGAUGUCAAAGAGCGCGAAUUUGACGACAAGAUAUAUAUCCGUACAUCGCGGGCCUGGUACAUUCUCAAGGAGCCGACCACAGCAUAUCGGCAUCUAUUCACCCCAUUAUGGGUUUGCCAACAACUUACCCACCUGGUCAUUACCGCAUCGCCCAAAACCACACUCUCAGAUUUUCGUCAACAACUCUCUCCACCGUUGUAUGAUUGGCAACUCAAGACAACUGCGUUUCUUCAUUACCUUGAAGGCAUUGCACUCACUUUCGACAUCUCACAACGGUCACAAGAUUUGGUUGGCAAGAUAUUGAAAACUCCUGGAACCAAUGCAACACUCGACAUUCAUGCUGAUAAUAUAACACGAAACACAGUGACUACGCCAAGGGUGGCUCGGGCGAUCCUCCCCCACCUCAAUGUCCAAAUGACCAUUCUUGGACAGUCCCUAGAGCCUGAAGAGGAUAUCGAAGAAAUGGAUCCAGUGCCGGAACACGUACUCCCGGAGUUGAUAGAGCUGGAUUCCCCGAUAGGACAUGGUAAAUACGCGUCUGCGCGGAUCGAUGGGGUUGAAUAUACCACCGGAGAUAUAGUCAGUGUAACACCUGGUGAAGAUGACGAUUCCGAACGAGCAGAAAGCGCAAAGGCUUUCCAACAAUACUGUUCAAACCAGUAUGCUAAGAGGGCAUGGUUCUGUCAGAUCGAAUUCUUCUAUGAGAAUAUAGGGACGAACGAGAUAAUGGCUCAUUGUGUAUGGCUUGAACACGGUAGCCGAACCAUGUUGCAGCAAGUGACCCAUCAACAAGAGCUUUUCUUGCUCCAUGAAUGUGCCGAUAUCCAUGCAUCCAGUUUUCUUCGAAAAUGUGACCUCAAGCGCCUCCACGCCCGAGAUAUUGAACCAACGGAAAGCAAGGACAAGUAUUCCCAAUCUUAUUUUACCAGGUUCAUGUGGGACGGCGAAGAAUACAGCUUCACGGCGAUUCCCGACCAUGAUGAGGUCACACGCUUACGAGCGGCUGAUUCAUCGUCUCCCUGCAUGAUAUGUGGCCUGCGAGACCUGGAGAUUUUACGAGAAACCGUGAAGCCGGUUGAGGAUGACUCGACUGGAUUCUCGUACUUCGGUGUUAACUACCACGUCGGGGAUUUUGUUUACGUCCGGCCCCAGGUUGGAACCGAGAGACAGUUGACCAUUGGCCAGAUCAAGGGUAUCGACUUCGAACCUAUGGACCCUGCAGCGACGGGGCAGGUUUCAUGUACGAUCCGGUAUUAUGACCGUUAUAAAACCAAUGAGGAAGGUAGUCUUCGCUACGAUGAGCAUCGGCUGUGUCGUACCCGUUAUAAAAACAACAUCUCAGAGAACGACCUGGAUGGUCUGGCCUAUGUCCGAUAUAUCCGAGAGUCCGAUUCUGCUGCAAUAAAUGCUUGGAUCACUGUCGGCGGGAGUCCCGAUCGCUUUUAUACUUCAAUGCGGGAAGUGAAGACCACCGAUGGUGACUAUCGUCGGGAAAGCAUGGACGAGGACGACUUCAAUGAUUCGCAAUGUCAGACUUGCCUCCAGGACCAUAUCGCGGAGUCAGAGCACUAUUUUCUCAGAGAAUCGCCGCUCGCGCUCCUGGAUCUUUUCGCUGGCGCCGGUGGCUUGUCCACUGGGAUGGCACAGACCCGUUUCUUCGAAAAACGCUGGGCGAUCGAGCAUUCCUUGUGCGCGGUCAAAACUUACAAGGAAAACCAUCCGGAUUCGACUGUAAUUCAUCAAGAUGUUAACGAUGCCCUUCGACAUUUUGUUGCCAGUCAUGAGGCGGGGCACGCAACUCCUGCUCCUGUUCGCCUUUCUGACGGUACAACCCUGCCUGCCGGACAUGCGAGCCUGCCGCGUCGAGGACAAGUCGACAUCAUUGUUGGCGGGCCGCCCUGCCAGUCAUUCAGUGGAGCUAAUCGCUUGAAGAAAGUGGACGAUGCACGGUCCACCCUACCAUAUACAAUGCUCGGAUUUGUCGAGGUGUUCGAACCGAGCUACGUUGUUAUCGAAAAUGUUCCUGGCUUCCUGCAGCACAAGACUGUGACCCGCGAAGGCGAGGAGAUCAAAAUGUCGGCCUUGAAGCUUACUGUGCGCGGGCUAUUAUGCCUAAACUACCAAGUCAGCUUCAAGGUUCUCCAAGCAGGUGACUAUGGAAGCGGUCAAGACAGACACCGCGUCAUCAUACUUGCCGCCCGGUCCGGCACUCUGAUGCCAUCAUUCCCACCGCCGACGCAUGCAUUUCUAAAGCCGGCGCAGAAACGGAAGAUGAUCGUGCGCAAGAGUGACCAUCUGUUGCCGCCAACGCGGCCGAGUGGAUUUGUCGAGAAAACGACCUACGCCGCGCAUCCUCCGGUGACCGUUCGCCAAACGAUUGGCGAUUUGCCCGCAUUUGAUUGGACCAACCCCCACCAACUGGUCCCAGAGACGUCUCGGGAUCGGCAAAAUCGGAAAACACGGGAGGAGAAGGGGAUCUUGCAGCUGCCCGUUAUCAGGGACCCGGUUGGAUAUGUGGAUGGGACAUGCAUUGAAGCGCCGGUGACACGCACGCAGGCGAUGCUCCGUGGGCCCGCAGACUUUGUCGACCACUAUCAUGUCACCGAAAGCUUCAGCGACCGGGUGGUGGAGCUGACCACCAUGGUCCCGUUGAAGGCAUGGGCGAACCAUCGAUAUAUAGAACCAAAGCAUAUUUUACCCGCCCGAAUGCGGCAGAACAAUAAAGAGACUUACUUUGGCCGGCUCGACGCGGAUUCGGUCUUCAAGACGGCCUUGACCUCGCCGAAGCCAUACACGAGCAAGGCCCAUUUUCUGCACCCGACGCAAAAACGAACGCUGACUCUCCGCGAAUUCGCCCGAUCGCAAGGCUUUCCCGACGAAUACAGGUUUCUCUCGACGAAGGCGACACCGUCCCGCCGACUGCAAGAGUAUUUCAAGAUGGUGGGCAACGCGGUGCCGCUCCCACUAGCGACCGCGCUGGGACGGAGUAUCGGCGCUGUAUUAAUGCAGCAGCACAAAAGCGAUCGGAGCCAAGCAUAUGACGAGGAGCUCUAA